AGCACAAAGGAAGUAGGUAUGAGAUUUUCCAACUCACAUAAAAUUGUUGAUUCAUUCGUCGCUAUCGAUAGUCGCACAUUCAACAUGAGAAUUGCAAAAAUCUCACAACACACUUUUCCUGGAAAAUACCAGACAUAGGUCGUAGACAAAGCGUAACGACAGCAUGGCGCCAGACAUGACUAACAAAUUUGUUCCCAGCUCACCACACACAGGAUUUGUCCACCUUGCAGAAUGUUGCGACAUGUCCUACAACGUGACCCAGUUAGGGUGACAGUUACGUCGUUUCCAAUGUGCAUCAAAUCCAUUACACAGCGUAACAAAAAAUAACUUUUUGUCUGUCUCAAGAGCAAACUUAUGUGUCUCCGAAGGAUUUUGGACCGCUGAAUCCAAAUCCGGGCUCAGAUUUGCUCUAGCACGUCACAAUUUUGAGCUAUACCUCAAUUUAUAGGGCAAAAUAUGAGAUUUUGGGCUUUUUUGACUGCAAGCCAUUAAGCAAGGAAAUAUUUUUUUAAGCAAUCAAAAGGUUAAUUGGUCAAUUAACAUCUAAAUUAACGACUCAUGCAAAAUAUUUCGUUUUACCAAAUCGAAUUUGAUAGUUUUAAGCGAUUUAUGAUAGGUACGAUAUUUCCCAUACAAGUCAUCCUCCAAAAGUUGCAUGCAAGUUUUCAUACUAACAUAAAAUGCUUAAAUCUAUCAAAUUUGAUUAGGUAAAACGAAAUAUUUUGCAUGAGUCGUUAAUUUAGAUGUUAAUUGACCAAUUAACCUCUUGAUUGCUUUAAAAAAAUAUUUCCAAGCUUAAUGGCUUGCAGUCAAAAAAGCCCAAAAUCGCAUGUUUUGCCCUAUGAAUUGAGGUAUAGCUCAACAUUGUGACGUGUUAGAGCAAAUCUGAGCCCGGAUUCGGAUUCAGCGGUCCAAAAUCCUUCGGAGACACAUAAGUUUGCUCUUGAGACAAAAAAAUGUUGCGCUGUGUUAUUCGCAACGCAACAUAACACAACCUCAGUGCUUCCACGAUGUAACGAAACAAUAAAAAUCAAACCAAAGUAAGCGCUGCAAACAAACUAGGUACUUGCAAUUGCAUGUGCACGGCUGACCUUAAUGUGCCAUCGCCUGCUAUGUAUGAAGUACUCCAAGCAAUGUCCACUUUUGUUGUUUAUUUUUUUCCUUCAUUUAUAUAUCUAAUAUAACAAGAUUCAAGACCAAGUUCAAGACAAAAUUAACAAUAUUUGGUUCGGGUUUUGAUAUAAUUUAUUUUAUUCAGUAUUAUAAUUUACAUUUUAUAUAACUCAUUUUGGAAUCAUAAUGGCCAAUUUUUCCAAACUGGCUCAUUAUGCAACUGAAAUGAGUUGCAUAAUGAAAAAUAGUUGUAUAAUGUUCAUAAUGCAACUCAUUUGAGUUGCAUUAUGAACAUUAUGCAACUCAAAUGGGUUGCAUUAUGAAAAAAUCAUUGCAUAAAAUUUUGUAUGGAACUCGUUGCAAAACUCGAUUUUUUCAGCACUCUUCGUAUUUAUCCAACUUGGCAAGCCUCGUUGGAUAAACGUACGACUCGUGCUGAAAAAAUCAACUUUUUGCAACUCAUUACAUAAAUAACUAUUAUGUUUACUUUAAUCCUAGAACAAAAAAGUCAUGCCUUCGAUGAUAUGACGAAAUCUUCAAAUAUUUGUAUUUUUUUAUUAAUUGAUCUUUACGUUAAAAUGUAUAUGCUAAAAAUACUGCCGUAUUUCUGCAAAGUGACGUAAGCGCCAUUCAAAAUUUCGAAAUUUUCUGGUAUAUUAUAUUUAAUAUCUAAUGUAAAAAUAACACUGUGCAAUGCCUGCUGUUUUAGAAUGCAAGAUCUAGUCAUAAUCUAUCAUCUAUGGAAAGAAAUUUAGAGGAUGACCAAGAGUUUUAUGCAUAAUAACCAAAAAAUGGGCCAAAACUAUCAAUGUUGCUUACGUCACUUUGCAGAAUUACGGCAGAAUAGAUGCCUCAAUAUUUUACUACGAUUUUUUUAAAUAAUAUAUAACAUAUUGCUGAAGUAGUAGUAUCGAAACGUUUUUCUUUUGGCCAUACCAAGGUAAACCUAUUUCAGAAUGACCACUCUCAUAGUCCAGAUAUUCUGAUGAACUAGACAAUUUAGACACAAUCUGCUGAACCAACUGCAUUUUUUUUUAUAAAUUAAAUUUACUGACUGUGCCCUGAUUUAUUUUGCAGAUUCUGUUGAUGAAAAAGAAAAAAAACUAGCUUGAUAGCUAGAAAGAGUUUAAUUCUCUUCAGGUUCUCUAUUAAAAGUUCUCACACAAAUUGUAACAGAUAAUGCAUCCCCCCCCCGCGUCCAUACAAAAAGGACAACUGUGAGAAGAAUGUACAUUCGGAGUAAUGAACUGUUUUGCCUGCCUCGCUAGAGGUGUUUUUCCAAUUGGCGUCCACUUCGAAAGUUUCCCAAGCUUUCAGCUCCAUUCCAAGAGAUGCAACAGAAAGCCCAUAAAAGGGUUCUGGUGCUAGCAUAUCGACUUUUUCCUUACCCAUAAUAGCCAGGAACCCAGCAUAAUUUGGCUUGAUUACGAUGCCACCGUUUUUGAAGUGCUUGAAUACAAUCCCAAACAUGUUUAGAUGUGCAUAUCGCCGAUCUCAAAGCAUGCAACGCUGCUUGACUGUCAGACAUGAUGCAGAUGUAAUUUAUGCGUAAGCAUAUUACAGCACAUUCUAAAAUUGCUUGAAUAUCAGCUUGAAAUCCACCAUCGGGUACGUGGAACGGAAUCGACGUAACGAAUGGUUCGACGAAGAGUGCAGAACGGUUUUGGAGGAGAAGAACGCAGCGAGGGCGGUAAUGCUGCAGCAAGGGACUCGACAGAACGUGGAACGUUACAAACAGAAGCGGAAACAGCAGACCCGCCUCUUUCGGGAGAAAAAGCGCCACCUGGAAGAAGCGGAGUGUGAAGAAAUGGAACUGCUGUGCCGUUCCCAAGAAACACGGAAGUUCUAUCAGAAGCUCAACGCAUCCCGCAACGGCUUCGUGCCGCGAGCCGAAAUAUGCAGGGAUGAAGACGGAGGCCUCUUGACGGACGGACGUGAGGUGAUCGAAAGGUGGAAGCAGUACUUCGAUCAGCACCUGAACGGCGUGGAGAACGUAGGCACGGGAGCCCACGGCAACGGAAGGAACGACGACGCCAGUGCAGCGGAGGACGGAAAUGAACCAACUCCCACGCUGAGGGAAGUUAAGGAUGCCAUUCACCAGCUCAAAACCAACAAAGCAGCUGAUAAGGAUGGUAUCGCAGCUGAACUCAUCAAGAUGGGCCCAGAAAGGUUGGCCACCUGUCUGCAUCGGCUGAUAGUCAGGAUCUGGGAAACCGAACAGCUACCGGAGGAGUGGAAGGAAGGGGUAAUCUGCCCCAUUCACAAGAAAGGCGACCAUUUGGAAUGUGAGAACUUCAGGGCGAUCACUAUUUUGAAUGCUGCCUACAAAGUGCUAUCCCAGAUCAUCUUCCGUCGUCUGUCACCUAAAACAAAUGAGUUCGUGGGAAGUUAUCAAGCCGGCUUCAUCGACGGCCGGUCGACAACGGACCAGAUCUUUACCGUACGGCAAAUCCUCCAGAAAUGCCGUGAAUACCAGGUCCCAACGCACCACCUGUUCAUCGACUUCAAAGCGGCAUACGAUAGUAUCGACCGCGCAGAGCUAUGUUGAAUCAUGGACGAAAACGGCUUUCCUGGGAAGCUGACUAGACUGAUUAAAGCAACGAUGGACGGUGUGCAAAACUGCGUAAGGGUUUCGGGUGAACUAUCCAGUUCAUUCGUAUCUCGCCGGGGACUGCGACAAGGUGACGGACUCUCAUGUCUACUCUUCAACAUCGCGCUGGAAGGUGUGAUGCGACGAGCCGGGCUCAACAGCCGGGGAACGAUUUUCACAAAAUCCGGUCAAUUUGUGUGCUUUGCGGACGACAUGGACAUUAUCGCUAGAACAUUUGGAACGGUGGCAGAACUGAACACCCGCCUGAAACGCGAAGCAGCAAAGGUCGGACUGGUGGUGAAUGCCUCAAAAACAAAAUACCGUCUACCCUCGUUGGUUUGACCGCAUGUAAUCUGAACACUUUUUAGUUUGACCCCCUCUAAUCUGCACAUCGUUCAAACUAAAAAUGGUUCAAACGUCAUUCUGCUAAUGGAACGGGGUGAAACGGAACGCAGAACCAAAACAAAACACCAAAUCAGGUUGCCAGUAGUGUGUUUUUCGAUGCUAACAGAGUUGCUAGACGUUCAAAUUAAAAAUGAACCCCGUUGGUUUGCAUGAGAUGUCGUUCAAACCAACGGGGGUAGACGGUAGUUGGAACGUCAAAGGUUGCAGAAAUAAACAAAAAAGGGAUGAGAUUGAUGAAAUUCUGAUGGCUAACAAAGUAGUGGUUGCUGCCCUACAGCAAGUUAUCACAAUAGGAAAUGACAUAUACACUAGUAAUUAUGAAUGGAAAGUCAUGGGAAAUCACGUAAACAAAACAAGAGGAUUAGCAAUUGUUGUAAUGAAAAAUCAAGGAAUCAGGGUGUUACAAGUUAAGGAACGUAAGAAAGGCAUCAUGUGGGUUAAACUUAGAAUCAACCGGUCUAACUUGAUAAUAAUAAACGUUCACGCUCCGAAUAGUAACCAGAAAACAUUUCUAAAUAAUCUCAAUGAAAUAUUGUCGAGAGAAAGGGAUCUUAAAUCAUUGAUUGUACUAGGGGAUUUCAACUAGGCUCUGAAGACCUUCAACCAGAUGAUAGAGUAUGGAUAGGUUUAACUGCUCGUGUAGCUGCCGGCUUAGAAUAGCACUACGGACCCCCUGUUCCGGGGGUAAAAGUCCACCAAACAGGGAACCCCAAUCCAAGGUGUCAGGCGACCCGUGCUGAUGGAUGAAUGAUUGAGGGGGUUUCAAAGAUGCUCGAUCGUUAACGGAGCCCGUAACGUGGGUAGAUCACCUUUUCGUGUGGCGUUACGGAGUAAAAUCUACCGAAACCUAGUGUCGUCCUACUUUUUCAAUUUUGGAAUAUGCGUUCUGGCAAUUCAAGGAAUCAUAGUAUUUAGUCCUUGUCACUGGUAUCGUGGUGGCUUACGGUCUCUGAAUAAAACUAAGUUAACCAACUUUACUUUGCAGAUAGUUAAAAACCUCGCCGUUCGAGACUAAACUUGAUGCAAAGGACAUCAAAUCGGGUUAGGGAUCCAUGUAUGUACUAACUCUUCAAAGACAGGUAAGUGCUGGUAUGCAAGGAACAUACUAGAAUCCUUAUUACUGAGCAUAUGUUCCAUUAUUGGAGUGGUAUUGCUGCUAAUGUUAAAACCCGGGUUCUAAACUUCUUACUGGGGAGAAUUUAGCAGUAAAACAAGGGUGAUGCUAGGUUUCCGAUGCAUGGCCAAUAUCAGUACUCUUGUUUUGUUUUCUAAGAAAACAACACAAAAACUGUAUCAAAAUCCAUGCUUUAUUGCCCCUUAAUGGCAAUUGAGUAAUGCGACAUGCACUACACUAAGGAUACGGGUAAUGUCACAAUAGAUCUAAAAACUGGUCGCAGUGACAAACCCGAACAGGAAUAAAAAAA